AUGGGUAACAUCGGUAGGAGGAAUGAAAUGCCUCAACAGCCGAUCUUAGAAGUUGAGGUUUUCUAUGUUUGGGGAAUAGAUUACAUGGGACCUUUCAACCCACCCUCGAAUAGAAACAUGUACAUCCUGGUGGUCGUCGACUAUGUCUCAAAAUGGGUCGAAGCAAUCGCCAGCCCGACAAAUGAUCACAAGGUCAUAAUGAAGAUAGUUUUCGAUGGCUUGUUAGGGAAGCACGGAGUCAAGCAUAAAGUCGCAACAUCUUACCACCCACAAACCAGCGAACAAGUGGAGGUAAGUAAUAAACAGAUCAAGGAGUUAUUGGACAGGAUCGUGGGAAUCACAAAAAAGGAUUGGCCAUUGAAGCUAGAUGAUGCGUUAUGGGCCUACAGGACAGCUUACAAAACACUGAUUGAGCGAACUCCUUUCCAGUUUCUUUAUGGAAAAAACUGUCACCUACCAGUUGUGGUAGAAUAUAAAGUGAUCUGGGCGACCAAACUCCUGAAUUUGGACAUAAAGACUGCUCAAGAAAGAAGAGUACUGGAUCUCCACGAAAUUGAUGAAAUACGUUUAGAGGCUUAUGAUAAUUCGAAGAUCUACAAGGAAAGAACCAAAGCCUUUCAUGACAAAAAGAUCCAACACAAGGAUUUAAGAGCUGGAGACAAAGUCCUUCUAUUCUACUCAAAGCUUCAGCUGUUCCCCGGGAAGCUCAAGUCGAGAUGGUCAUUACCCUUCGCAUUUAAAGAAGCUAUGCCCUAUGGAGCAGUGACUUUACUCGGGAAGGAUGGGACCGAGUUUACCGUUAAUGGGCAUAGAGUGAAGAAAUACAUGGCGAAUGAGAGCACAGAGGCGGGGUCAUCUCUGUCUCUUACCGAUCCCGCACCAGUCUGA